AUGGUACAGAUGAAGUUGCUGCGUAUGAGUUACGUUGAGUCUCCGGAGAGCCCGCUCUCGGCGAGGGCUAAGUCUUCGCGCGGAGUAUUGCUGGUCGCCAUUGGCCUGUUCGCAUCGGCCAGCGUUGUGUUUGCGGUGGGCUGCAGUUCGGAAGAAGACAUUCGCACUUAUAACGUGCCGAAGUCGCCCGAGGCCCAAGCCACUGCGGCCACUUCGAGUACCCCCGCGGCGCAAGGCGUUGCUUCGCGGAUGCUGGCGGCGGUUGUUCCCGAACCGACGCAAAGCUGGUUCUUCAAGCUGAUGGGACCCGAGGCUCUGGUGGCCAAACAGCGUGAGCCGUUCCUGGAACUCGUUCGCUCGAUCAAGAUCGCCGGGCCCGACGAACCCCCGCAGUGGGAUUUGCCCGAGGGCUGGACGCAAGAGCAGGGCUCCGGAAUGCGUUUCGCCACGAUUCAUCCACUGCCCGAUGAGCCGACUGUGGAGCUGACGGUGAUCCCACUCCCGACGGCCGGUGACGACGAAGCGGAAUACGUGCUCUCGAACAUCAAUCGCUGGCGCAAUCAACUGGGGCUGGCACCCAUCGACAAGGCCGAACUCGAAGCGGCCAAGCCCGCGGACGAAGCCGGCGACUCGGCUUCGAUACUGCGAAUUCCGUUGGGUGAUGAUCAAGAGGCCGUGGUGGUCGACAUCUCGGGUGUCAGUGCACCUUCAACCGGGCGCGGUGGACCGUUUUCGGGCGGUAUGCCUCAGGGCCCGAUGGUUCCUCAGGGACCGAUGCCGCCUGCAGGCCCCAGCGUGGGAACGCCCUCUUCGCGACCGACCGCUCCGGCCGCGAGUUCGCUGAAGUAUGAAGUGCCCGAGGCGUGGACAGAAGGGCCGGCCGGUGGGAUGCGCAAGGCUGCUUUCCAGAUCGACCAAGAUGGUAAGUCGGCCGAAGUAACGGUGAUCGAUCUUCCUGAGUCGGGCCUGGUCCCCAACGUGAAUCGUUGGCGUGGGCAAAUCGGGCUAGAGCCGCUGUCGCCUGAGGAAAUCGAGCAGCAGGCCGAAGACAUUGAAAUCGACGGUCAUCCGGGCCACUACGUUGAGAUGUGGACCGACGAAUCCGCCCCCGAUCGCAAGGCGAUUCUGGCCGCGAUCGUCAACAUCGAAGGGCAGUCGUGGUUCAUCAAACUUUCUGGCGAUGCGGCUGUGGCUGAAGCUCAGCGCGAUGCUCGCCUGGAACCUUCCUUCCAACCCCAUAACGUGACCAUGGCAUCGAAUACCCUGACAGCUCAGCCGGAUCAAACCCCCGAAGCAAAGGGCCCCACGCGGUCGCGCUCCACGACGCCCCCGAGCACAUUGCGACGCAUUGUCGAAGUCCUGGCGUCGUUGAAGCUGACGGUAGCCCUAUUCGCCAUGGCGAUUGUGAUCGUGUUCGCCGGGACCCUGGGGCAGGUCGAUCAGGACAUCUGGCAGGUGAUCGAUCAGUACUUCCGCACGGCCAUUGCUUGGAUUCCGUUCCAGGUGUUUUUCCCGCCGUCGUUCUUCCCCAGCAUGCCCCAAAUACCCGGCGGGUUCUAUUUUCCCGGCGGUUGGCUCAUCGGCCUGGCCAUGGCCGUAAACCUAGUGGCAGCGCAUGGUAUUCGCUUCAAAACCCAAGCCACGGGCUCUCGUCUGCGGUGGGGACUGGCGGUGAUCUUCGCCGGGUGUGUGCUUACCUGGCUGGUGGUGGUUAGCGGUUCGAACACUGAAGGCGUGUACGAGGCAACCGGUGCCGGGUGGGAUACCGUUUGGGAUUGGCUCAAGCUGGGGCUGGCUGCCGUGUGGUUGGCGUUGGCCUACGUGUUGUGGGGCACCCCGAGUGAUAAGAAGUUCGAACGCUGGUCGAUCAUCGGUGGGCUGUUCACCGUGGCCGCCGUAUUGGCGUACUUGAUCAUCGGCGGCGAGGAAGCCCGCAUUAGCGAUUCUUCGAUGCGGAUUCUGUGGCAACUCAUCAAGGGCACCGCCGCUGGAGUUGUUUUGUUAGCCGGCUGUGUGAUGGUCUUCAAGAAACGGGCCGGCAUCGUCCUGCUGCACGGCGGGAUCGGGCUGAUGAUGUUUAGUGAGUUCCUGGUUGGCAUUCAAGCCGUCGAAGGGCAGAUGGUCAUCGACGAGGGCGACACGGUCAACUUUGUGCAAGACAUUCGUGAAGUCGAGCUGGCUGUCAUCGACCGGUCGAACCCCGAGCAUGACGAAGUGGUGGUCAUCUCAGAGCGAGCUUUGAAGAGCGGGGAGCCGAUUGAGAGCCCGCUGUUGCCGUUCACGAUCGAUGUGCAGGAGUUUAUGGAUAACUCCAACAUCCGUCGGGUGACUGAAGGUGACGCCAAUGCUGCGACAGACGGGCAGGGACUGGAAGUGAUUGCUGAAGCGGUUCGACCUGGUGCGGGAACCGACUCCAGCAGCGAAGUCGAUGUGGCUUCGGCGUAUAUCAAGCUGACUCCGAAUGAUGAUUCCAAAGCACUCGGGACUUUUCUGGCCACGCAAUUUCUAGGCGAGCAGCCGGUUGCAGUGGGCGAUCAGACCUAUGACGUUGCCUUGCGAUUCAAGCGAACUUACAAGCCAUACUCGUUAGAGCUGCUCGACGUUCGCAAAGACGACUACAUCGGCACCAGCACCCCACGUAACUACUCAUCCGACGUUCAGCUAGUCGAUCCUACGCGAAACGUGGAUCGCAAAGUGAAAAUCUGGAUGAACAAUCCACUGCGGUUCGCUGGAGAAACGUUCUAUCAGAGCGGUUAUCGGGCCGACCCUCGCUCGGGUGCUGAAACCACGACACUCUCGGUCGUCACGAACACCGGUUGGAUGAUUCCCUACGUAGCCUGCAUGAUUGUGGCCACGGGGAUGUUGGCUCAAUUCUCGCAAACCUUGUUGCGUUUCUUGCGUCGCUGGCGGACUGAACGGAUGCCGCUAGUACAAUCGUCCACCGGUCAGGUUCCAACGGUGAAGUCGGGCUCUUCGAUUUGGACGUGGCUGAUUGUGCCCGCCGUGGUGGUGGGGCUGGCGGCGAUGUUGAUUGGUCGGGCCGCUUAUGUUGCCACUCCUGAGCCUAACGAGCCGAACCUGUACGAGUUCGGCAAGGUGCCCGUGGUCUAUAAGGGCCGCACCAAGCCGAUCGAUACGCUGGCCCGCAACAGUCUGCGGAUCCUUUCGCACCGCGAAACGUUCAAGGAUGCCGACGAGAAGACCCAGCCGGCCAUUCGAUGGCUGGUCGACCUGAUGGCCAAGCCGGAAGAGGCGCUCGACUAUCACGUGAUCCGCAUCGACAACCUGGAGUUGCUCGAAACGCUGGGCCUCACCCGACGCGAGUCGAGUCGCUACGCCUUGUCCGAGUUCUUUGACCACAUGCCAGAGCUCAGCAAGCAGGCCCGUUUGGCCCGCGAUAUGGAUCCUCACCAGUUGACGACCUACCAGAAGAGCGUGUUGGGUCUGGAAGAGAAGAUCGGGCUGGUCGAUCUCUUGCUACAGUCGUUUAGCCUGCCGCGGAUUCGCCCAGAGAACGUGAAAGACGACUUGCUGGCCACCGUGCAACAGCAAGAGGUGCUCAACCAGCGUGAGCCGCCACUGCUAAUUCCGCCCAUGGCUAAAGAUGGGACUUGGAACACGUAUGCCUCCGGGUGGACCAAAGACUUCAUUCGGGUGAACCUCACAGACGAUAAGAAGAUCAACCCGGCGACUGAUGCCGUGACGGGAAUGCUGGCCGCUUACGCUCAGGACGAUGCGAAAUCGUUCAAUGAACAAAUGACCGAGUACAAAGCGAUGGUUGCCGGCAAUCCGGCGGCUACGGUGAACCCAGAGAAAAUUGGCUUUGAGGCCUACUUCAAUCACGCGGCUCCGUUCUUCUAUGCGGCGUGGCUGUACCUGUUGGCCUUCGUGUUGAUCGCCUGCUCGUGGUUGGGUUGGUCACGCACGUUAGGUCGGGCGGCAUUCUGGCUGAUUGUGUUCACGUUUGUGAUUCACACGUUGGCCUUGGUCUCACGCAUCUACAUCUCGGGACGUCCGCCGGUGACGAACCUUUACUCCUCGGCCGUGUUUAUCGGUUGGGGUUGUGUGAUCUUCGGCCUGAUCUUCGAACGGGUGUAUCGCCUGGGCAUUGGAAACAUCAUCGCUGCCGUGGCUGGUUUCGCCACGUUGCUCAUCGCCCACUUCUUGGCUGGCGAUGGCGAUACCUUCGUGGUGCUGCAGGCCGUGCUCGAUACGCAGUUCUGGCUGGCGACCCAUGUGGUGUGCAUCACGCUGGGCUAUUCGACCACCUUCGUGGCCGGCCUGUUGGGGCUGCUGUAUGUGCUGCGUGGGGUGUUAACGCCUUCGCUUAGCGAAGACGUGGGACGGAACCUCACCCGCAUGAUCUACGGUACUCUGUGCUUCGGGCUGUUCUUCAGCUUCGUCGGCACGGUGCUGGGUGGUCUGUGGGCCGACGAUUCCUGGGGCCGGUUCUGGGGUUGGGACCCGAAAGAGAAUGGGGCCCUGAUCAUCGUGCUGUGGAACGCGUUGGUGCUGCACGCUCGCUGGGGUGGCAUGGUUCGCAGUCGCGGGCUGGCCGUGCUGGCCAUCGCCGGCAACAUUGCCACGGCUUGGUCGUGGUUCGGUGUGAACGAGUUGGGCGUUGGUCUGCACUCGUACGGGUUCCACGACGGAAUGCGGACGGCUCUGGGGCUCUUCGUGGUGAGCCAACUCACGAUCAUCGCCCUGGGCUCGCUACCGCUAACCUGGUGGUGGAGCUACCGCGAUCGACCAACCGACACCACUCCGCCCGUGGCCCCGGUGGGGUAA